AGUCACAAGAGCAUAGAAGAUACUAGAAUCUCCACAGAGACACAGCCAAAAUCACACCAUGCCAAACUACAAACUCACUUAUUUUAAUAUGAGGGGGAGAGCAGAAAUUAUUCGUUAUAUAUUUGCAUAUUUGGACAUAAAGUAUGAAGACCACAGAAUAGAACAAUCUGACUGGCCUCAAAUCAAGUCAACUCUUCCAUUUGGCAAAAUCCCCAUGUUGGAAGUCGAUGGACUUAACCUUCACCAGAGCCUAGCAAUAGCACGAUAUUUGACCAAAAACACAGAUUUGGCUGGAAAAACAGACUUGGAACAAUGUCAAGUUGAUGCAAUCGUGGAUACAUUGGAUGAUUUCAUGUCUCGUUUUCCUUGGGUAGAGAAAAAACAAGAUAUAAAAGAUCAGAUGUUUAAGGAGCUACUUACAUGUGAUGCACCUCAUCUUCUGCAAGAUUUGGACACGUACUUAGGGGAAAAAGAGUGGUUUAUUGGUAACUAUGUAACUUGGGCAGAUUUCUACUGGGAAAUUUGUAGUACCACACUUUUGGUCUUUAAACCUGAUCUGUUGGACAUCCAUCCCAGGCUGGUGACAAUACGGAAGAAAGUCCAAAGCAUUCCUGCCAUCGCCGACUGGAUACUGCGAAGGCCCCAAACCAAACUCUAGGUGGUGCCUGCUGCCUCCAAACUUGGUUAUUCUUCACAGCGUCGCUCUCAUUAGAUAAGGAGCUACGUCAGCAUGCCGCGUAUCUGCACACUCCCUCCCCAACUCCAUCAAGAUGUUCACUUCCGGCAUAUUCUGCUUAUUAAAAAAAAAAAAAAAGGAAAGGAGGGAUGGGGGUGUAGAAAAGGGUUUUGUUUCCAGUAUCAUUUUUAUUCAGAAUAGCUUCACAUCAUUUAUAACUGAGGAAAAAUAGUUUAACCGAGGAAAAAAUAGUUUACAAUACAGGCAGGCCUCGCUUUGCACCAGUACUGACACACAUGAAUUUCAGUCACAAUGGUUUAGUUACAUAACACAUUUUCCAAAAAAAAAAAAAAAAAAAGUUUGAACUUCAGUUUCCAUGGUAUAGUAACUGUAAUUGCAUAAAGUAUAAACUUUGCUGUUACCUCUUCAGUCCACAAACCACUGUGUGAAUAACAGAUAGAUAUAUGACCAAUCAUGUCACUUCUUUCAGUCUGUUAGUGAUUGGUCACUGCACAUCUGUCAUUCAUGCCCGUACAGAGAAGUGUGCAGUUGCACUGCAUGUUUGUUUCUCCGUGAUAAACCCACUAGACAUUUUAUAAAAAUGGAUAAUUGAAAAAGGGAACUCAUCAACAAAGAUUAAAGUGCAAUAAAGACAUGAAAAGGGAUAAUGCUGGAGUGAAAUUCAAAAUUGAACAUAAACGGAAAGAGCUGACUGUGAGAAUGUUGACACUGUUGCAGUUCCAGAGACUCUAGAUAUGCAGCCAGAAGAACUUGGUGAAGGCAAACUUACUGACAUAAAUGAGGAAAGUGGUUGUGACAAGACGAAGGUAUCCCAGAGGAAGUGAGACUGACAAAAAACCCCUUCAUAUUAGAAGAACAGAGAUCAAAAGAAUGAGAAGACAAUGUAAAGCAACUAUACUCCAAUAAAAAUUAAUAAAAAAAAAUUGUGAAUCACUAUACUGUACACCUGUAACAUAUAAUAUUAUACAUCAACUAUACUUUAAUACAAAAUUAAAAAAAAAAAAGAGAAGACAAGCCACAGGCAGGAAGAAAAUAUCUGCAAAAGGACUUUAUCCAAAAUGCAAAAAGAAUUCUUAAAAGUCAAUAAUAAAAUUAACAACCUGAUUACAAAAUGGACAAAAGACCUGGAUAGACACCUCACCAAAGAUAUACAGAUGGCAAAUAAACGUAUGAAAGGAUGUUCAACAUCACGUCACUAGAGAAUUGCAAAUAAGAACAAUGAGAUAUCGUUAUAUACCCAUUAGAAUGGCAAAAAUUCAAAAUAUUGACACCACAAAGUGCUGACAAGGAUGUGGGGCCACAGGACCUUUUAUUCAUUGCUUAUAGGAAUGCAAAAUAGUAUAUAUACCUUGGAAGAGAGCAUGGCAAUUUCUUACAAAACUAAAAUACUCUUACCAUAUGAUCCUGUAAUUACACUCUUUGGUAUUUGCCCAAAGGAGCUGGAAAAAGAUCCACAUGAAAACCUGCACAUGAAUGUUUGUGGCAGCCUUAUCAAUAACUGCCAAACUUAGAAGCAACCAAAGUAUCCUUUAGUAUGUUAGUGGAUAAGUAAAUUGUUGUACAUCCAAACAAGAACAUUAUUCAGUGCUAAAAAGAAAUGAGCUUUCAAGCCAUGAAAAGACAGAGGAAACUUAACUGGAUUUUUAGGGCAUUAAAACUAUUCCGUAUGAUACUAUAAUGGAUUCAUUUGUCAAACCUGUAGAAUAUACAACACCAAGAGUGAAGCCUAAUGUAAUCUAUGGACUUUGGGUGAUUAUAAUGAGUCAAUGUGGUUUCAUUGAUUAUAACAAAUGUACCAUUCUGGUGCAGGAUAUUGACAGUGGAGGAGGCUGUAUAUGUGCGGGGGCAGGGGUACAUGGGAAGAGUAAAAGUAUUCUGUAUUUCCUGCUUAAUUUGCUGUGAACCUAAAACUCCUCUAAAAAAUAAAGUCUAUUUACAAAGAAAAAAGAACAGGGACAUUUCAUGACAUUGAAAGAGCAACAAAAUGUUGGAAGCUGAUCCAAAUUUAGGAUUAUGACUAUUUCCAAGGUACAAAAAAAAUGCUCACUUCCAAGUUUUAUAGGAAGGUACUGUUCA